AUGGCAGGUCCCUAUGCCAGGAAGACGUCCACGCCGUCCAAGGGUCUUUCUUCCUCGGCAAAAUCAUCUUCGACGAAACGGAAUGGAAGCAUCUUGAAUUUUUUUCAGAAAACCGAUACCCCGCCUGGGGCCACCUCCCGCCAACCUCGAAUCACGCAGUUUGUUGGCUCAUCUGGGUCUCCUAGUAGUGGCCGAGGGACCCCGAAACAGCAACAUGGGAAUAGCUCAAUGAAUGAUGCAGCGGGUGGCCUGUUUCUGGAGGAUAAGAAAAGACAAGUGAAAUCUGGAGACAUGGCAGCUGCAACGAAUGAUAUUAGCCCGCGAACACGGUCACCAACGCCGGAAAACCUUUGGGGCGACGAUGACGAUGAUAUACCAGAUCCAGGACGCUCGCAAUAUAAUGAGAAUGGCUUGUCUGUCAAGCGUCGGAAGAUGGACUCGCCAAGCCCAUCAGAAGAAAAACCACAAACAGGUGAUGCCGCGGAGCCAGCUCCCUCUCCGCCCGCAACAACGACGAAGACGACGAGUGGGCCCUUCAUUGAUGAAUCAGACAGUGAAGACGACAUUGAUGCAUACCGAGAGUUGAAAGAGUCUUCGCUCGCCCCCGCUGACACGAGGAACGAACCACCAUCUCCAGUCGAUGACGACCCUUCUGCGGACCCCGCGCAGUCGCCAUUGGUAAGAGAUGCCACGAGCCAUGCCGAAGAUAAUGAAUUCACGAAUUUUGACGAUAUUGAAGAGGACGAGUUUGUAGGGGAAGAGUUUCGAGAACGACCGUGGAACGACGACGAGGAUGUACAAAACAAUGACAAUAGCAUGGGCACAUUGGACGAAUUAGAUGAUUUUGCUAGCCUCAACCCUGAAAAUGAAUGUGAAGUCGCAGCCUGCCCGAUAUGCCAGAGAACGCUAGUGGGACUGAGCGAGACCGAAAUAUCAGUACAUGUCAAUGACUGCUUAGAUGGCAAGACUGAUAUCAUAACACCGGAUCCUUCUACAACGACAACGACUCCAAACACAACAUUUAACCCGUCAACUUCGAAGAAAGAUGCCCCGGCUAAAGCAUUAACACUGGCUGAGCGAGCUGCCAUCGCUCGACCUGCACAGGCCAACCCAUACGCCCAAAACACUUCUGGUGAAAGAUCUGCGUUUUCGAAGAUGAUGGCAGGAAAUGCAGAAGAUACGGCUUGGAAGACGGCGGCUGCAAACGAGGUCUCUUCACGUGGCAAGCAAGCUUAUCAGAGAACUUGUCCGUUUUACAAGAUUCUUCCUGGUUUCUCGAUUUGUGUGGAUGCCUUUCGCUACGGAGCGGUCGAGGGAUGUAAUGCCUACUUUCUCAGCCACUUUCACAGUGAUCACUAUAUUGGACUUAGCAAGUCGUGGUGUCAUGGGCCUAUAUAUUGUAGCCGGGCCACAGCAAAUCUUGUCCGGCAACAGCUUCGCGUUGAUCCGCAAUGGAUUGUCGGCCUUGACUUCGAGACCACCUCCGAGGUUCCUGAUACGGGGGGCGUGCAGGUUACCAUGAUUCCCGCCAACCACUGCCCUGGAAGCUCCUUGUUUCUUUUCGAGAAGAGUUUUGGCAGUGGUCCGCACGCUCGACGGCAACGCAUUUUACACUGUGGCGAUUUUCGCGCUUCGCCGGACCAUGUCCGGCAUCCACUUCUACGACCAAACCCUAAUGACCCGACUACUGGUCAGCCUCGGCAACAGCGGAUUGACAGCUGUUACUUGGACACCACCUAUCUCAACCCGAAGUAUGCGUUCCCCAGCCAGGACGAUGUAAUCGCGGCGUGUUCCGACCUCUGUGUUCGGCUUAACCAGGAAGCCGGGGUGGGAAACGAGCUGGGGAAGACUGGAGUUAGCAGCCUGAUGAGCAAGUUUUUGUCCGUGACGAAGAGCGACUCUGCUCAGCGGCCAUCCUCCUCUUCAUCUUCCGCAGGCGGCCGGUUGUUAGUAGUCAUUGGCACGUAUAGUAUUGGCAAAGAGCGAAUAUGCUUGGGCAUUGCGCGGGCGCUAGGUUCCAAGAUCUUUGCCACGCCACAAAAACAACGGAUCUGCGCCUGUUUAGAGGACCCCGAACUGUCCGCCAUGUUGACCAGUGAUCCCCGGGAGGCACAGGUGCAUAUGCAGACGCUGUUUGAGAUCCGGGCCGACACGCUUACCGACUACCUGGACUCGAUGAAGCCACACUUCUCCCGAGUGGUUGGCUUCCGGCCAACUGGUUGGUCGUACCGUCCACCUGCCGGUCGAAUGCUGGAGAACCCGCCGGUACCGACAGUCUUGCGUGGCGAACAUUGGCGGACCCCGUUCACCUCGGAGCAUCUCACCCCGCAACGCGGAAGCACGCGGGAAAGUGCCUGUUUCGGCGUGCCGUAUAGCGAACACAGCUCCUUUCGCGAGUUGACCAUGUUCUGCUGUGCCCUCCGAAUCGGGAAAGUGAUCCCGACAGUCAAUGUCGGCAACCAGAGGACUCGAGAGCAGAUGAAGGCGUGGAUUGAUCGGUGGGAAGGCGAGAAGAAACGCAACGGGCUGUUUCGUGUUGAAGACUGGUGA